AUGUCGAAGGAUGCGGAUGGAGCCAAAGGUCCAGAGAAGGUGAAACCGGACGAAUCUGAUGUUGGUACUGAAUCUACAAAGCUAAAUGAGGUUGGGCUUGGCGAUGUUAAUUCUGUAGCCAAGGAUUCUGGAGGUGACGGGAGUUUUUAAAAUUUAAAAUUUUUUAUUGUGGUUUUUAUGAUUUUAGAGCUUAAGAUAGGAUUAAAAAAAAACUUUUUGGUAUAAAGUGGUACUACUGAUCCAGUUGUUGCGACCGUGAACCAUAAUAUCAUCUUUUUAGAUAAAGAAUCCAAAGCGAAUCAAAAAUCAGUACCUAAAAAAGCAAGUGUAACCGGUACAGCUGGUACUAAUGGAACAGCAGACAGCGAAUCAUCUGUAGCACAUGGAAGUUUUUGUUUGAAAAACAAGUUUAGGCACGUUUUGAUGUUUGUAGCCUUGGCGUGCUUAACAUGGAUCAAUGGAGGUGUUACCGCAUUCAAUCAGGUCAUUCUUUGUGUUAAAAAUGAAACGGUAAGAACUUUUUUUUAAUUUUUGAGUUUGGAAUUUGAAAAAAAAAAUAAUUUUUUCUUAUGUAACGAUGUGUAAAAAGUCUUGUUGUCAUUUUACAUUGAUUUCAGUUAUAAAAAACGACAAGACUUAUUUUUGGACGCGAAAAGGUUUGUUUUAAUCCUAAAUGGCAAAAAUUUUAAAAAUUUUGAUUUUUUUUGUAUUUUAGGUGUCAAAAAAGUCUUGUCGUCAUUUUACAUUGGUUCCAGUUAUAAAAAACGACAAGACUUUUUAGUAUUUCAAAACAAGAAUUGUUUCUUAUGAAACCAGGUACAAGAUCUUUGUCUAUCUAAAACAAUGUUAUUGUUACCUAUUUCCAGACUUCAAACCCACCCCACUACGAAAUAAGCAAGGACGAAGAAGUCUGGCUACAGCGUGCCAUAGGAAUCGGAAGUCUAAUUGGAACAUUCCCAUUUAACUAUGCCUACAGCAGACUCGGAGCCAAGUAUUUCUUUGGCGGGGCAGGGGUUUUGUCAGGCAUUUGCUGUUGUCUCACCCCAUUGGCCGCGAGUUUUGGCUUCUGGCCGUUCAUGGUGAUCAGGCUGAUUCAAGGCUUCUUAUACUCGGCCGAUUUUAGUAUGAUCGGACUGUUGAUCUCAAAAUGGUCACCUUUGAAUAGAAGUGCUUUGUAUGUGUCACUGCUCACUGGGUAUACACCUAUUGCUUCAGUUGUCACUUUUGCGCUUAGUGGACCGGUAGGUUGUGGUAGGGGGUGGGUAAGGUAGUGCAGAGUUGGGUAGGGUAGAAUAGGGCGCGGUAGAGUAAGGUAAGGUAGGGUAUGAAAGGUACGGUAAUGCACGGUAAGGUAAGUUAGAGUAGGGUCGCGUAGGGUACGGUACUGUAGGACGGGGUAAAGUAUGAUAAAGUAGGGCCGGGUAGGGUAAAGUAGGGUAGGUUAACAUAAUAUUUUUUAAGGCAUGAUAAUUUUUAAAACUAUUUUUUAGUCUUGCAAAUCUCCAAUUGGCUGGCCGAUCAUGUACUAUGGUAUGGGAGUUGUGACCAUUUUGACCUUCAUUUUCUGGUUUAUGUAUUACAAUGACGCGCCUAUAAAAAACAAGUAUCUGAGCCAAGAUGAGUACGAAAUACUGGCCAAAGGGAAAUUUAAAGCUGAGAUGGCAGAACGAACUACUGUACCUUAUGUGGUAGGUCUGCUAAAGUUUUAUCAGGGGAUGUUUAUUGUCGUGGGCAGUGAGGGGGGGGGGGAGAGAUAAGCGCUUCAAAUUUUUGAAACUUUUUAACGGGGACUGACUAAUUUUUAAAAUUUCAGAAAAUCUUGUCGUCACUUACAAUAUGGACCGUUUGGCUAAAUGCUUUUUCCGAAAUCGUAGCUAGCUUCUUCAUCUACGCUUACAUUGGUCGAUUUCAUGUGAACGUACUCAAAUUUGAUACACAUACUGCUGGUUACUUGGCCGCUGUACCUCCCAUACCGUUUAUCAUACUUAAGGUUGCGGUCGGAUAUAUCAAUGAUCGAAUUAGGUAUGGCUACCUCUACUCGUCUUCUUCUCCUACUAUUGGCCCAUAUCCUACUCUACCCUACCUUAAGUUACCAUACUCUCUUUUACCUACCAUAACUUAAUUUGCCAUACCUUGCCUUAUGUCUUAAAAACCUUGUCUUACCGUAUGCUUGACUACUACUGUAGCCUACUCCUACUCUGGUCCUAGCUAACACACAUGUCAUUUCAGUUGUUGUCCCGAACGAAUCAAGAUGAUAAUAUUCAACAUGGUAACCCUAACUUGUUCUGGUACAUGUCUCAUUAUGGUAGGCUUUAUCCCACCAGAAUAUCGCUACGUUACAAUAGCCACUUUGGUCAUCAUGUACAUUUGUUUCUCCUUCGCUGGCGGUGCUUUUUACAAGUGUGCCCAUCUGGCAGCACGACAAUAUUCUGGAUUUGUAAUAGCUGGAGUUCAGUUUCUAAAAAGCAUAUGCUUAUUGGCAGUACCAACAGUGUUCUCAUUAACAUUAAGGUCCGAAGAGGAUUACCCAAAGAUCGAGAAAUGGCGACCUGCUUUUUGUGGGUUGGGCGGAUUAAUGAUUGCAGUAAGUCAAGUUGGGAAGGUGGUUGAGGAGUAG